GACACACCAUAUGGCAUUAGUGAACAGUCCGCCAUUCGGGCUAGCUGCGUGCAGCUGCCAGUACACAUCAAGAAACAGUGAAUGUUGCAGAAGAAAGUUAUCGGGGCUAUCACUGUUGCUGCGUUUGUUGUAAUUGUCGCAGUUACAGGGCAAGUAAGCGCAAUACAAAGCUUGCGUGGCCAGAGCGGGGCGUCAGGCGACCAUAAUGGCGCGAGGCUUGCCACUCACGGAACACUCACAAAUGAACUCAACAUUCUGGCGCUAGAACUGGGAGUUGUGCAUGUCAACCUAUACGUCCGCGUUCCAGCGGACGUCAAUGGUGACAGUGUCAACAAGACCGCCCUCCUCCAUGUCUGGCUGAAGCGGGGCGGGCUGCCGCCCAGGGGCAUGGAGAACGAGUUUGGAGCGCCACGCCUGCGGUGGCAGGUGGAGCCCUCCGUGGCUGGCUUCGCAUGGCUGGAGGACUUAGACCGCCUGGAUGAGUCUUUUGUGGGGCACCUUAAGAUGCACCUGCCCAAGUCCGCAUGGCGGCCAAAACUCUGGUUGGUGACCGCGGCGGGUGGGCUGCUGGCGGCGGCGCCGGAGCCAGGCACCAGCGGGCCCGCCGGCCUGAGCAACUUUUUUGACAUCCCCACCCGCCCGCACGACUUUACCUUCCGGCUGCAGCCUCGAGACGCGGCGGCGGGGCACUGCUUCAAGCUGUACGACGCCUCCACGCCCAGCUACCAGGUGCCAGUGUGCCUGCCGCCGCCCUCCGCGGCGCUGUGCCGGCGCCUCACGCGCGCGCAGCACCAGGCGGUCGAGGGGGCCACCGGCGGCGGCGGCGCUGGUGGCACUGGUGGCGACCUGCUGGGGGGGCUGGUGGUUGGAGUUGAGGACGCGGCGCUACUAGCGGAGUUUCAGUUCGGGGCGGACUCAGCAUCUGAAGCAGUCAAGUCCGGCGGUGUGGAGGAGCAGGAGCAGGAGGAGGAGGAGGAGCAGGAGCAUCAGCCAGGCGAGAAGGCCCAUACUUCCGCAAGCGGCAGCGCGGACGGUGGCAAAAGUACGGCCGGAGGUGGCGGUGAGCGGCGCUUGCUCUCUCAGGCAAGCGCGGCUUCUCAAUCUGUCGCGGGAAUUCUGAAAGAUACCUUUCUGACGCGUGUGAGCCGAGCGCUCCUGACAGCAGACGCAAACAACGCAGCUGCAGCCGCCACGCCGCCGCAGCGCCCAUGCGCCCCGGCGCUGUGGUCGGUGCUGGGCCCUUUCCGCAGUGUGGGCGUGAGCGGCAGCGGCUGGGCCGCCCACGCGGGCGCCACUGCGGCGCGGCUGUACAACUACGUGGCUCACCACGUGGGGGCGUUGCGGGCGGCCGGGGUGCUGCUGUACGCGGACCGGUCACUGCACGGGGCACUGGCGCGGGAGCCGGUGCUGCAGCCGCUGUUUCGUGCGGGUGUGCUGCGUGUGGUGCGAUGGGAGCUGGGGGAGCGCACGCCGCUGUUCUACAACUACGACCAGGCGCUGGUGGCGAGUCACGCGCUGCUGGGGCUGUCGCACUGCGGCACCAACCUGGAGCUGCUCGUCUCCGACAUCGACGAGUACCUCUACUCGCUGUCCGGCGCCGACUGGCCCGCCAUGCACGAAUGCCUCAGCCGCACAGCAGCCGCAGAGCCCAACCCCACCUCCUGGGCAGCAGGCUACGCGCCCAACGGCACCGCACCCGCUGCUGCCUCCACUGCUGCUGCUACUGCUGCUGCUGCCGCCGGCCAGAACACGGGAACACGGCGGCAUCUGCUCACAGCAGACCCACAGACGCAGCCUCUGCCCCAGCACGGUCGGGCCGACGGGGACGCCGACGCGGAGCAGCCUCGAGCGGCGGCAGCUUCCGCCGCAGUCGCAAACACGAACAUGACCCAUCAGCAGUCGAUGGUGGUUGGGCAGUUGCAGUUGUUCCGGGUAGACGUGGCGCCGUCGGGCAGCGGCGCGGCCAUUGCGGGGGUGGACGGCUGGCAUGCGGGUCUGGGGCGCGACCCGGCGGUGGAGGCGGGCAUGUGGGCCACCGCCGCCACCUCGCCGCGGCGCCACCCGCUUCUAGCAUACAACCGCAUCAGCAAGGACGCGCACAAGAGCUACAACGGCAAGGUGAUUGCGGUGCCCGCCACCCGGGUGGUUGCCUUCUUCGUGCACGAGGGCUGGCCGCUGUACGGCAGGCCACACAUGGCCGACGCCAAGUGCGCCUUCAUCCUGCAUAUCCCCAACUACUGGCACGCUCGUGCCACCCCCGAGGACGUCGCCAAGAAGUAUGAGCCGUUCAAGCUCCGCCUGCCGUACGAGUACUACCGCCUUGGCAACGCAACGAGUGCCGCGAUGGAGCGCUUCUGGGCGAGCCGGGGGCCGCAGCCGGGGGCCGCACUUGCACUGGGUGGGGCCGGUGCGAGAGGAGGGGCGCUGGGGGGUCGUGGCAGCAAGGGCGGAGGCGCAGGUAUGGGGGGUGUCAAGAGGCUGGGCGGCAAGCAAAGAGGCGGCGGCGGCAAGGCCAUUUAUUAAAGGUUGCAUCUGGUGGCAUCGGUAAUGGCGGCAAAGGUGCCAGCAAAGGUGGUGCCGGGUGGUCAGGGAUGGAGACGGUGACGUACCGUAGUGGAUCAGGGGGCUGCCAAGGUGACACAGUGGACUGGACAUUUGGCAGUUGGGCGUGUCGAGUAUUCUGUGGGGUAAUGGCCCGCUUGAGGUGAGGCAAUGGGGCUUCGUGCAUGUUGUGUGUGGUUACAAGGUGGUGAGCACGACGUGCAUUCCUGUCCUUGUAGAAACCUAGGCCCGGGCCGGGGGGCCCUUAUAACGCCUGCAACACUUAUAUAUGCAGCUAGUUUGGUCCCCGAAUGGGGGUGCUUAUGCUCCUGUGCUCCCAAAUGGAAUCUAGUAACGCGGCUAACCUGGCUGGGUCCGCAUUCUGCAUGACGGCAUGUGACCUGCGUUCAGCGGGGUUGCCGACUUGCUGUGCUGCAGUGCAGAGACUGGCAUGGCGGGCUCACCCCAAUGAGGCACGGCGUGGCUCAGACCGCCAUUGGAUUGAUUGUAUGUGCCGAC